AUGAAUGGCGACACUACCGGGAAUAAUGGCUCUGCUGAAGAAGUCAAGGACUCGAGCUUCUCCGCGUUCGGACUCUCGCUACGGAAGUUCGGCCUGCGCUCGGGUCGUAGAGCGACGAUCACGUCCUUGGGCGAACAGGAUGAGACCUGCGGCCUGUUCGGCUGGAAGCCGCGUUGUCUUCAGCGAUUUCGCACCGUAGAAUGGUUCCUGUUCUUCUUCUGCAGCAUGGGCUACAUCCAGGGCUUCAUCAACAACGGCAUCACAACUUCGGUUUCAGCGCACAUCGAGCGCCGCUUCGAGCUCAAAUCGGUGGAUAUUGGACUAGUGUACGCAGGGUACAACAUAGCUUCAUUUGCAUGUAUCACUCCAGUGAGUUAUCUCUUGGCCGAGAGUCACCGGCCGAGGGUGUUGGCUCUGGGAGGAGUUAUCAACACGAUCUCGUACUUUCUGUUUACUGUGCCCCAUUGGAUUGCUCCGGCCCACGAAAUCGGAGCUUCUAGCCAUUCUCUACUGACCUGCGGCUAUGAGUCGUCAACAUGCCGGCAGAGCGAGACGAACCUCGAAAAUUACAAAUGGAUAUUCAUUCUUGCCAACAUUCUACACGGAAUGGGCUCGUCGCCGUUCUAUACGAUCGGCGUCGCCUAUCUCGACGACAAUAGCCCCGCCGAACGCGCGGGGCUCUACAUCGCGACGUUUUACGCCACAGCGAUUCUGGGUCCGGCUUGCGGAGUAAUGCUGGGAGGAUACUUUUCGUCGCUGCCAGAAAACCUCAAAGAUAUCAGCAGCUUCUCGACGGGUGUACUCGCCAGGAGUGAGACCUGGGUCGGCAACUGGUGGAUCGGUUACCUCGUUUCCGGAUUCAUCUGCGCCUCGCUCACGAUUCCCAUGGCGUUCUUUCCCAAGGUCAUCGAGCCGAGUAAAGCGACCUUGCAGGAUUCGCCUACGAGCGGGGAGAAGCAGGACGUCCCGGAGAAAACCUUCCUUCAGUACAUGAAGUUCCUGCUGACGAACCCCAUUUUCAUUACACUUUCGCUCGCCGCCGCCAGCGAAACGUUCGUGGCCACGGGAUACUUGAGUUUCGGUGUGAAAUUGUUCAUGACUCUGUUCGGUAUGACAGGACACAGUGCCGCAGCCGUGCUCGGCGUGGUCGCUGUACCGAGUGCUUUCGGAGGGACGAUACUCGGCGGUUACUUGACGCGUAAAAUCAAUGCGCGACCCGCCGUUGUGAUUCGCAUUUGCACGUUAAUCGCGUGCGUCCCGUUCAUAGCAACGUUCGCCUUCCGAAAUUCCUGUCCGCCUCGCGAGUACAUGAUGCAAGGCGGCCCGAGGCCUCUGUACGCCAACUUCUCCGACAGCGACCUCUUGAUGCAGUGCAGUUCGGCGUGCAGGUGCACCAAGAACACAUUCGAGCCCACUUGCGGGUCGGAUAGUUUCAACUAUUAUUCGCCUUGUCACGCAGGCUGUCGAGAAUCAACGAUGACUCCGGAGGGUCACGUAGUCUACUCGGACUGCCGUUGUAUGAGCAACCAUACGACGGGCAAUCUGGACGGCAUUCAAUUAGAGCCCGGCCAGGCUCUGAAGCGGCCCUGCGAGCCCAAAUCUUGUUCCGUGCUGUACAUAUUCUGCAUUGCGGUGUUCGUGUAUUUAUUUUUUAUAUUUCUCGUAGCUACGCCGUCCUUACUGGCGAUGAUGAAAUCGGUCCCCGAGGACUCGAAGACGCUGGCGUUGGGCAUCAACUAUGUCUCGUUACGAUUGUUCGGAACGAUUCCGGGCCCGUUGUUAUUCGGUAAGGUGGUAGAUUCAAGCUGUGUACUAUUCAAGGACAAACCGUGCGACAGUUCAGGCGCCACCGGCAAUUGUGUGAUAUAUGAGAACGCGCGACUCGCCACGAACGUAUUCAACCUCAUGAUCAUUGUGAAGACUUUCGCGUUGGCGUUCUUCGUGUUGGCGUGCGUGGUCUCGAAAAAUUCCUCGCAGACGGCUCCGGCAGAAGAUCACCUCACUCCCAUGAAGAUGCCGACCGAAGAGAAGGUCUGAUGUUUUCUUGCUUGUUAGUUUUCGUGAGUCAUUCAUGGAAAAGUGUCUUCAACGAGAGCCCGAUUGAAAGUACCCCAGUGAUAGGCGUCGUCGUUUCCCGAUCGUUUUUUGGUGACAAUGAGAGAAUACUGCAAACUGAGACGCAUGAAGACAAAUCAACCGAAAAGUCAGAAUAAAGUGAAAGUAGGCGGUAUUUUUACAGCAGAAA